CUUUACAUUCAGGACGCAGGUGCCCGAAUUGAAUGUGGGUGUUUUGAAUUGGACGCACGUGUGCUUGGUUGUAGCUUCAAACUUUUCACAUGUCGUGGUUGGUGGCGUUGUUGCGCAAGAAAAGAACAUUACUAGGAAUUUAUUGGACAAUUUCAUCAUCAAUAUUGGCGCGGAGAGUGCGCGAAGAGGUGAAAAUAUCGAAACCAAUGGCAGGUUUGUGGGAGACAUUUCAAUUCCUGAAGUGUGGCACGAAGUUCUAACGCAUCAAGAUAUAAAAAUUUUAAUGUCUUGUCGCUCACUAAACAUUCAACCCAAAAGGGUACACUGGGAUCAUCAUGGGGAAAUUUCAAAAUCGCUGAGCCAAGAUAGAAGCUUUCCAUGUACCAGUACAAAUUCUGAAAUCAUUGUAGUCGAGGUUGCCUUUACAUUUUCGGAAGCUUAUUCUUUCUGCGCAUCACUAGAUAUUGAUAUGGUUGAUAUUCUUAAUGAAAGAAACCUAGAAUCAACGUGGUGCGCUUCAGGAUCUUGCAUUUUACCUGAAAAAAUAUGUGACCAAGUCAGAGACUGCGACGAUGGCAGCGACGAAAUAUCUUGUACAACACAUCAAAUCACGGCUGCUCAGAAAUCCUCUCAACCAACUGAAAAAAUAAAUUCGAUAAAUUCAAAACCUGCCGAAGUGGACUUUGAUGUUGAAGUGCUGCGAUUGAUCAAAAAAUCAGACGAACCAUUGCAAGCUGUGAUCAAGCUGAGCAUGACAUGGACCAACACUGAAACUGAGUUCCCCAGCAUCAAGCAUGGGCAUUCCUCAAGGCUACCGGACUCUUUCGCUGCGUGGAAACCUUCGAUCAUUCCAGAGGGGCUUCCUCCUAAAGCAGAUUCUUGCAUAGGACAGGAGUGCGACAAUCCUUCCUUGCUCACGGUCGUCACCUCACAGACAGCUUCAUUCAGCGGAGUCGACUUAUCAGGAGAUAAACUUCUCAGGAACGUGACACUUCGUUUGACCAGACUGUCUGUUCACUCGUUGGACUGCGGCGGCGAGUAUAUGACAUUCUUCCCGUUUGAGCAACACGUAUGCGAAAUAAACUUCAAGACGAAGUAUGAAAAUUAUUCCCUUAAGUCACUUUCAGCAGCUCCGCCUCCUGGGUUCAUUCCCCACUUCAUUGUUCUUAAAGUGCUGAUAAAAGGGUGGGGAAGCCAACAAGAUUCCAUUGGCUUCUCACAAGCAGUGUUAAAGAUUCACGUCAAACGGCUUACCGGGUUCUACGUAGUCGUUGUCUUCAUUCCCUCGUUUCUUUUACUUAUGCUGAACAGCAUCUUAUUGUGGGUGAAAGAUCCCCAUGAAUACCGUCUCUUAUCGAGCACAUUCACUGUUAUAUCCUUUUUAAUCAUGUGGAUGAUAAUUGUUUCCAAUAGCCCCAAUAGCAGCUCCAUCCGUGCCAUCGAUGUGUGGAUGUGCUUCUGCCUCACACACUCGAUCCUACACGUGAUCGUGAACACAAUCAUCAGGGCGUUGCUGGUUGGCGACGACGAAACGCGUUCUCGGCGCUUGUCCACUUUGAGCUCGAGGCCAUUAUCCAGACUACGGCAAGUGAAGCCGCUUGAACUUAACAGUCUCUAUGAUGUGCUUCUCGCCAAGAUGGCCAUGGAAGAGAACGAAAACAAGUGGACUCAUGCGUACUGGGUCAUGUUCUGUGCUCGGAUUGUGUCUCCCGUAUUGACACUACUUUUUAUGAUAUCAUUUUGGCCUUUUGUUGUGUACUUCUCACAGGAAAAUUUGUAA